ACGGACAAACGUAAUAGAAAUUUAAACGCAAAAGAAAAAGAUAGGUAGAGGUGUACAUUGUAUGUAUUCUCUUUCUCCCUUAGACUUAUUCAUACAUACAUAUGGUGCACGAAUGCAUUUAAACAUAUGCGAAUAUUUAAGCCAGGGACUUUUGACAAGAUAGAACUACCGAUGGCAAAAGUGCUAUCAGUGCCGUACGGCCAUAUUGGCAACUUGUGACUGUUCACCGCCGCAAUCGUUCGGUACGGGGAGAAAUAAAUCUAUCUUUCGUUAGUCCUUCCUGUGUCUAAACGAAAACCAACUGGUAGUGAGGACAGAAAAUUGCACUUUCUCGAUCAUUUAAUAAUUAUUUCUUUAAUUAUGCCGUGGACAGUGCUGGUGAGAAUAUAACGCGAACGUGUUUCUGGUCGCUCGCGCCAGGUUAUACCAUAAGAAAAUCGAAAAGUCAAUUUUCUCUUUAGAGCUUUAAAAUGAGCUUCUUUGGGUUUGGCCAAUCUGCAGAUAUUGAGAUUACACUUGAUGGUGCAGACACCAGGAAGACUGCAGAUAUUAAGUCUGAAGAUGGAAAAAAAGAAAGGCAUUUGUUAUAUCUUGAUGGAGAAACAGUCUCUGGCAAGAUAAAUAUUAGUCUGAGAAAAGCAGGAAAAUUGGAACAUCAAGGUGUUAAAGUUGAGUUUAUUGGACAGAUAGAACUUUACUAUGACAGGGGUAAUCAUCAUGAAUUCAGUAGUUUAGUUAAGGAACUUGCAAGGCCUGGUGAACUUACGCAUAAUACCACAUAUGAAUUUGAAUUUGCUAAUGUGGAAAAAUCUUUUGAAAGCUAUACAGGAUCAAAUGUGCGACUAAGAUAUUUUCUUAGAGUAACAAUUGUUAGAAGACUGAGCGAUAUUGUUAAAGAACUGGAGCUUGUUGUACAUACUCUUAGUUCUUAUCCAGACAUGAAUAAUCCCAUUAAAAUGGAAGUUGGAAUUGAAGACUGUUUGCAUAUCGAAUUUGAAUAUAAUAAAAGCAAAUAUCAUUUAAAAGAUGUUAUAGUUGGAAAAAUUUACUUCUUAUUGGUCAGAAUUAAGAUCAAACACAUGGAAAUAGCAAUUAUUAAACGAGAGACAACAGGUUCUGGACCUCAUACAUUCAUGGAAAACGAAACUAUAGCAAAAUAUGAGAUAAUGGAUGGUGCACCAGUGAAGGGAGAGUCUAUUCCAAUUAGAGUAUUUUUAGCAGGUUAUGACUUAGCACCAACAAUGCGAGAUAUUAACAAGAAAUUCAGUGUGAGAUAUUACCUCAAUUUAGUCCUUAUGGAUGAAGAAGAUCGAAGAUACUUCAAACAACAGGAAAUUACACUUUGGCGGAAGGGUGAAAAAAGCAGAAAACCACAGUCGGCUUCACCUCAUUUACCGUCACACUUAGUUUCUGCGGAGACAGGCUUUCCUCAGGGUGCUGCCCAAAACGGACCACCCUUCCAAACACCAGCGCAGGAGCCGUCGGAAAAUCUAGCCCAGUAUGAUGACCCAGAAACAUUAGAGCAACCUCAAUCCCAUCAGUCACACGCCCCAAUUGAGGGCAUGACGCGAGAAGAGGGGGAUGGUGAAGGUGAAAAGGACUUAAGCCCUGAGAGCCAGUGAGAAUUUGGAAUGAGAUAAUAAGAAAGUGUGCGAAAUAUAAGGAAUCGAGUUGUUGUAUGGACACAAGCGAAAUGUGAGUUGUACGUGUUUUCGUGCGUGGGUAAUAAGAAGCCACUGACAGACGUUUUGAGGUUAGAAUGUCAAUAGCAAGGAGGAAACUUGCUUUAUUUAUCUUGAUUAUAUAGAAGUUCGAACUUUAAUGUAUACAUCAGGCUUCAUAUGUGAAGUCAAUAUCAACAAUUACAUUUGGCUUACAUUUGUGAAACAUCGACAAUGAGACACUACGAAUACAUAGCAAAUUUUGGUUUUUAUUCUUGUAUGAUUAUACUUCUCAGGUGAUAUAUUCUUGAUGUACCUGAGAAAUUUUUUAAAUAUCGUAUUUGCUUAAUUCACUAAUAUUAAUUAAUGUAUUAAGAAAA